AUGGAUACUCUGUCACCCAACAAUGGCUCCAAGUCGAGCUCCAGCGGCAGCUCGGCGGCCAGUUCCUCCAUGGAUCUGGGCAAGCAGCAGCAGAAGGAGAAGCUGCAUCGUCAUCCCAGAAAUGGGCCCAAGAAACUGUCGCGCUCCCGGAGUUUGCUGCAGCUGCUCAGCAGGCAUUUGGGCCGUCAUUUUCACCAUCAGAACCAGCAGAACGAGACGGUGUACAGCAGCCAGGACGAUAUCAGGAGCAGCUCCACGGACUCGUUCAGUUUGAGCUACGAGCGUGGCAGCCACGAGUGUCCCAUCAAUGGCUCCUCGCUGGACCUGGAACACACUUCCCGGACCUCAAGCGGCUCCGCUUGCUCCAGAUACUCGCCUGGACUGGAUUACUACGAUCAGCAGGGCCACAUUUAUGUGGAGGCCGUCUACAGACCCGGUAGCGCCAUGGAGCAACUACAUCCGCAGCUGCACUUCGAGGAGGACACCAGCGAGGAGGGCAGCAGCAACGAGGCGGAGGACGAAGUGGAGCUGGGCAACGACGAGAACGAGAACAGCAAACCCCGAUCCGCAUCCGCCGCAUCAGCCAAAUCGCCGGGACUGCAUCUCAGCCGGAUUUCCAUCUCCUCCUCGGUGAGCCGCAUGCUGCAGCACUUCUCCAGUCCCACGGCAAACGCCUCGAUGCGUUCCCUGUCCUGCAGCAGCACUCCCCUGCGGCAGCCCAAGAAAUCCCUGUCUCCGAACAACUCCAACAGCAGCAGCAGCAGCAGUCACUCCUCCAAGUCAUCCGGUGGCCCGGCGGCCAAGAAGGACAAGAAGCAGCAGAGCAUCCUGCGGCCGCCAGUGCAGUACGUCUACAUGAAGGGCAUGUCGGGGCUCUAUUCCCGAGUGCCCAGCUAUGCGGUCUGCUAUCCCUACACCCUGCAGCAUAUGUACUAGAUGCAUGGGAAACCAAAUACCUGAUUUGGUUUGAGUAAGGGAAUAACACGGGAGAGCUGCAAGCUGGUUGGGGGUCUUGAACAAUAUACUUAGGAAUUUCUAGUGAUGUACGAGUAGUGCCUGAAAAACCGAGAUUCGAGUGGAGACAACGGAAAUAUGGGGGUUUACCAUAUAAAUGAGCAGCGAACAUAUUUUAUAAAUGUGUCCAAGCUGAGUUCGCCAACAGUCUGCGAACUGGGCCCAAUAAGUGUACCUAAAGCCAAGCCCCGAAAAUCAAAAACCUAUCAAUGUGCUACGAUAUACACCCUAGAUGAUCUAAUUGUCUUCGGCUAAUUUAGGGACUUUCAGUUUACAAACGAAAAAUAAUUAGAUUAGCUUAAAGUAAAACCAAAAGUUAUUUAGAAGCCCUCACAUAUCUUUCGAAAGUAACUCUUUAAAAUACAAUUUUGGAGGCCCUAAGUUGAACCGUAAAAAUAUACUUUAAAAUAAAAACGAUUUUUGCACUUUUGAACUAGUUUAAUAUAUUCUUUGCACUGAUUUCAAUGACUAUUCAAACCAAAACAGAAUUUGACGAAUUUAUACAAAGAAAAAGAGAAAAACUAAAUUCUUUAAGAACACACUAAUAGAGGAACAUUUUACAAUAAUUCACGCUCCAAUAAAUCGAAGUUUUUUUAAGAACAAAACCAAUUAUUCUAAAUAAAGAAAUAUCAUGAUGAAAUGUAAAUGGUAUAGUAGAUGAUA